AAUGAGUGCCAGAAAAUGAAGCCAUAACGGAUCAGCUAUACUCCAAUAUAACGGCAUUAGCUACUGAAUGGUCUGUAAAUGCAUGUCACUUCCUCAGGAAGUCUCCACAGCUGGAGUUGAGCAGGAACUUGAGGAAAUUAUCCAUCACUCGUUAGUUGAUUCUAAGAUAGUUGAGUCAAACGAACUCCAUCCUCUUGAGAUAUAUGAGAAUAUGAGAAAAGAUCAAUCUACCCAAGCCUAUGAUCUUUAUGACCAGAAAUUUGAACUUAAGAAGCUACGGAAAUAAAUUCUUAGAUAGAAUAUUCGAGCUUGGUUCUAUUUUUAACCUAGAUACACUGACUUGACACUUGGCUCUAAAAUACUUAGAAGUUAUAUUUCAUUUUAUAAAUUUCUACAGGAAGAAUAAUAAAACUCAGAGACUACCUUGUGAUCCUAAACCGGUGAAAGAAGUUGUCCCAAAGACAUCUUAUUUGUAUGGAAAGGAUACUAGCACAAGUGUUAAGGCUCUUAGCCAAGAGAAAAGAGAGUUGAUAACAAUCUCCUGCCUUCUUAUUGCAGCAAAGUUUAAUGAGAAAGACGAAGAGAUGCUCAAAAUUGCCCAUAUACAGAGAGAGACUAAAAAGUAUUUUACCUUUAAAAAGAUUGUCUCAUGAGAGUCUCUCAUCUUACAAGAACUGGAUUGGAACAUGAUGGUCCAGACUCCUUUCCACUACUUAAAACUAUUUACAUCCUGAGGGAUCUGCUUCUCUUCAGAUCGGUAUCAACUUGAUCAAACCAUACUGUGACUAAAUGACUGAAUUGGUGAAGACGAAGAAACAAUAGAAGAAUGAGUUAAAACUUUAAAUGAAAAGUCUGACUAUUUCAUUAACCUUUCCAUUCAUGAUUACUUCAUGCUCCAGUUUAGAGAAGAAAUUGUAGCCAUGGCUGCAAUAGUAUGAGCUAGGAAAAUGACCAAAGUAUACCCUGAAUAUUCUGAACAUUUUCAGAAGAUGUACAAUAUUACUUUCGAAGAACUUCAGUCUGCUUUCGAGAGACUGUGGACUUUCCAUAUGCAAUGUAGCUCAGAGACCCCAGAAAAAUCAAGUUGAUACAUUGUAAACAAAACAAUGACUAGCUCAGAGAAGAAAUAUAGGAAAAUUGUGAGCUCUUGUAAAACACCUGUGAUGGAUUCAAAGAAGUCAGUAUCUCUAAUGCCCUCUAAGAUGAAAUCCAACAAAAUUACCUUUUCAGAUUUGGAAACUCCCAAAGAGAUAGAGAAAUGCCCUCAACUUUCUUCAAAGUUGAAACAGGCCAGCGGGUUUUCCGAUCUAUACACAAUUGCUGAGGAGAAGGCAAGUAAGGCUCCACUUAAGCUCGUCCCACAAAUCUCCUUGGAAAUCAGUGAUAAUAAAUGCGACACUAUUAGCAAGAAAAUUCACCGUUCGGUUAGGAAGAAUAAGGUGAGUGUUUCCUUAAUGUCGACUCAGAAGUUUUCGUCUGAUAUUGGGAAUGACACAUUGAAACAGAAAGAGGUUUCUAAGUUCCCUUCCGAUCUCAAAAUGAAGGAGAUCAACACUGAUGCGGCCAAGACUGACCUUGAUCACCAAUUUAUUUCUCUAACUGUUGAAUCUAAGUUGCCUCCUAAGCAUCUACUUACAACAAAGAAGGAUCGUAUUGUCAGAAAUAAACUUAAUGAUCAACCUGCUCGAGAUGGAAAGAGCCAACAGAAGAGCGCAAGGCGGGAUAGGAAGGAGCGAAUGAGAUCUGCCCAUAGCCAGAACAGAGUCACCUCAACCCAGAAUAUCCCAACGAAAAAUACUUAUGUCACUAAGGAAUCUAAGAGUAAGGCAGUUCCUAAAAUUUGUGGAAAUAACAAAGAUUCAUUCCAGGAAGCUGAGAAUGAUACUGGAAAGGAUAGAAUCAAGGAGAUGCUCAGGAAGAUAGACUCUCUGGAAGAAAGUUCAAUUAAUCUUCACAAAACUGAAAUUUCUGAGAAAUAUAUGCUUCCUCAUGCAAAGAAGUAUCAAGUUUUUAAAAAAUCAGAGAGGCUGAACUAUGGUCCACUUCUAUCCAAGAAUCCAGCAAGUGGAAAGAACAGCUUCAUAGAGAAUAAUAAGAUGAAGCUCCAAGUGACCCGGGAUGCCCAGGAUCCUUCUAGAAAAAAGAAGGAGACUCUGAAUCACAUUGUGAGCCAGGAGUCUCUAAACUCUAAUUACUUUCAGAGGUCUGGUUUUAGUGGGCAAAAUACCACAGCUUCUGACAAAAAUAGCGAGCAAGAGAAAAACCAGACGAAAAAAGAGGAGUCUAAAUAACUAUUACUCUAGUAUAAACUUCCUUGGGUCUAAUGCUGGGACUAAUAGCCAAUCAACUGAUGUUCUCAAAAGGGGUAGGAGCGUUGAGAUGCGCAGAGGCAGAGCUAGCCGCAAUAAGGAAAGGAUCCGCAAAACUGGCUCGAAAAAGGAAGAUUCAAAUUUAAAUAGACUAAACCAAAAUAAUUCAAAGAAACAGAAAGUUUCUGACAAUUUCAACUUCAGCCAGGAUAAAAUUGGUAAAAAUUAUGAAUGUUAUCCCAAGAGUGCUCUAAAGACAAGGUUCAGGCCUAGGAAGGGAGGGAUUCCUAAACCGAAUAGAGCAAAGAACCUCAGAACUAUGGAGAACAGUCUUGAUAAGGACACUGGGAGAAAUGAAGAGAAAUGCUCAAAUACUUUUAUUAAAUCCUCCUACAAAAUUUCUGGCUCUGGGAAGUAUGAGAAGUAUAAGAAACAAGUAACAGACCAGAAGAGUAUAAAAACUUUUAGUGUUGUUAAUCUCAGCCAGAAGGAUACAAUGAAGUCUUUCAAAACCAGGAUGAAUUACAGCAGGAAAUCGUUAACUAAGGAAAACUCUAACAGAGAGAAUACCUCAGAUGAGCAGGCAAAGCUUAAUUACCUCAAGAGGAAGAAGGAGUAUGAGAAUGGAGGAAGGACUAUCCAAUCUAAGAAGCACUCUGUGUAUAAGACAAAUGCGAAUCUUACACACAGGAAGGCUAUUUCCUAUUGAAAAUAAUUGGCCUGCUCAUCUUUCGGUAAUUAACGAAGCGAGUAAAGGU